AUGAACCCGGUCGAUCCACGUCACCAUCUACGCGCCAACGGCGCUGAGCCAGUCACUGACGCGUGGUACAUCAACACCUACACCCCGCGCACCUCAUGGUCCAAAGAAGCCAUCUACCGCGGAUUCGAUCUCACCCCUGACGAAUACAUCGCUGCUAACAGCCUCCUCAUGACACUCCUCAAGACCAAUGACCUGUUCGAACUAAAAGGCACGGGUCAAGAACGGAUCGUCAAGCUCUGGCCUGUAAUCGUGAAGUUCGAGGCAGAGUGUGAAUUCUGGGGAAAGGGGGAGACGAGCUAUGGUGUUGAGAUUCCUGGGUGGUGGAAGAGGGGGGCCUUGGACGGAUGGAUUGAGAUGGCUGCGCAAUAUAUGAGGAAAAUGAGAUUGCCGCCUCUUCUGCCUGAUCCAACACCCUAUCGGGUUUGGGACCCACCGCCGACGGAAGGGGGACCGACAUUGCCUCCAAUGGUGGAGGGAAGAGCGAUGGAUAUUUGUGGCGAGGGUGACUUAUUGGAGGGACAUUUGUGGGAGAAUUGUGAAACACCAUUGGGUAAAUUGAUGUAUGGAGUUUCUUGGAGGGACGACGUUGAAGAUGCGAGUUGUGAAAAGGACAAGAGAGCAAAGGACAAAGAAGACCAUGUCAGACAAGAGCUGCUAGACGUAGCAAUCGGUGGAAGGCUUGGGCUUGCUUAG